AUGGACGACGAUGCACCAUUUUGCUCCGGACGAUUGGAUCAUGCUGUUCACAGGGUUCUACUCUUCAUGCAAAUCUUCCAGUGCAUCCCUUUCGAGUUCAACUGGGUAGGCUGGCGCGGCGACUACGGCCCGCACCACUGUCUCGACAUCAACACCCUCGCCUUUGUCGCCGGCGGGCUGAGUAUCAGUCACGACAUCAUCAUCAUAUUGUUACCGCUCCCACUGCUCUACAAGCUCAACAUGUCCAGGCGCAAGAAGGCGGGCAUCUUCUUCAUGUUCAGCCUCGGCGUCUUCAUCCUCAUCACAUCGUGCGUGCGACUGCAGUACAUCGUCCUCUUCACGCGAUCGCUCAACCCGACGUGGGACUUUACAGACCCGUUGAUCUGGUCCGGGGUGGAGGUGUCCGUGUCCAUGAUCGUGGUGUGCUUGCCGGCGGUGCGGACGCUGCUCAACCGCAUCUUGCCGAGCAUAUUUGGGUCGACGGCAGCGACGGAGAUCACGCCGAACCGCAAGGCGUCCGCCGGGUCUGGGUUCAGGUCCAUUGACAGCAACCGGCAGUACCAGGGCCGGUUCGACUACGAGGAGGAGAGGAGGGAGGUGGCGCGGGCGGCGAGGCUGGUGGAGAAGAGGCGCAAGUUCUUUUCGUUCAUACCGAAGGCCAGGGAGCCGAACGAGAGCGAGCUGGAGCUGGGGGACAAGUCGAAAGGAGAAGUGAGGACGGAUAUUAGGCAUGCGGAUGGUGGUGAGGCUGCUGAGACGAGGCGGAGCUCGAUGGAGAGCGGGAUUCACGUGAGCACUACGACUACGUUUGAGGACCCUCUUGGGAGAGGACAGAGGGACAAGGCUACAUUCUAA